GCUUACUCGCAGACACAAUGAAAUGUAGGACACCACGUUGGGUACAGAAGCAAAGCGUCUCUCUGUAGCGUUUUUCUGCUUUUAUUUUAUCAGUUUUUCGGUCUUGGCAUUUAGAAAGGUCGAUUAUUUUCAUAGUUUACGCAUUGGCGCCAUUGGAUAGCAAAGGCUAAGGUUUUUUGGCCGACCAUUUGGAAAAUCUUUGAAAGGAUCAGCGCUGCCCAGGAAACGAGGCGAACCUUUUGCUUGAUAGCAUUCCGUUUCAUUAUAAAUAUACCAUGUCAAUGUUUGCUUGUUCGGAUUAUUUUGCUGCCGAGUGUCUGGUGUCGAUUUCCAGUGGCCCUGUCCUCCAUCGACCCACCCCGGUGGCUGCGACUCCCCAGGCCCCUCCUCAGGGCCUUCCACCCGGGGAACCAGACGGGUCAAACGAGGACAGGGAGGUACGGGAGACCCUAAAAAUGGAGGGGGCAAACAUGAUGUCGGUCGCAGAAAUCCUCACUGAUCUCCACGGCAAAUUUCGACCAAUGUCGGCCUAUUCGGAUAGCAGCAAUUCGUCGUGCGGAGAGAGCGGGUACACCACGUUGUCUGACUCAACCACUCAUACCCCAACCAUGACCCCCUCUGGCACCCCAGUCCCAGGACAGUACAAUACACAGAUUUUGGUAGGGGGUGCACCGCGUUCGCCCACCAAGCGUCACCCAUGUACUUUCGACGGUUGUGAUCGUGUGUAUGGCAAAUCUUCUCAUCUGAAAGCGCACAUCAGAACCCACACAGGUGAAAGACCAUUUCCUUGUAUCUGGCCCGACUGUGAGAAGAAAUUUGCUCGGUCAGACGAAUUGGCACGCCACACACGUACCCACACGGGCGAAAAGCGAUUCCUGUGCCCGCUCUGCGACAAGCGCUUCAUGCGCAGUGACCACCUCAACAAGCACGCCCGCCGCCACCCCGGCUUCCAACCCUCCAUGAUUGGGCGCAAGGUCAAUGGGGCCACCGCUGCUCCAGCGGAGCCUCAGUGAAUCCCUCAGGUCUGGCCCAGAUGGGUCCCACGGGGGCAGGGGGAGGCAGCCACUCCCUCAGUUGAACCAGCUCAUCCAGGCUGCCAUCCUCUGUUCGGUUCUCCUUCCCCGGCCUGGGCCUCGUCCUUGUCCACAAGGAAACCAACCACUUAUGCUUUACAACACAGAGCCUCAUAACUUUUGAUGUUUCUUUGACUUCGAACACUCACAUCUGCAGGGAUCUUCUGUGCUCCUUUAGUUCUCCAUGCAUGUAAUGCAAAUGCUUUGUUUAGAGAGAGAGAAAAUGUGUGAGUGAGUGAUUCUGUGCUCUCUUGGUUACCCCCUUCGAGUGGCGCAACAACCAACACUUGUAAUUGUGGCACUAGUGAAAGCUCAUGGUGAUCCAUAUAUUAACCAUUACCCAUUCACAUAUGUUAACAUUAGAUCUUUUUGAUCUUGAAUUUACACAUUUAGAAGCACAUCCAGACGUCUGAUCUAAAUGGCACGAGACCAUUAAGCAUGUGGCAAAUGCUUUCAAGGUCUGUUUUCGAUUUCUCACUCUAUGCAGGACAUUCGAAGAAGUCGUAUUGCUAAUUGGCCUUGCUUGAUGCUCGCAUAAAACUAGUGCUUUUUUUUUUUUUUUUUAACCAGGGUUUUGCGUCACAGCUGUAGGGUCACUACAGUGUAGUGCAUGGUGAUGUUUCCCCCCUUGUUCCACGUCCCACAUUCCCUAGUCCUUAGUUAUGUGAUUUGCACUCUUAUAGCAUAGCCCCGCUAUUGUUCUUUCUGACAGCUCUCUGACAAAGAUGAAGCUUGGUGUCCUCCUGCACUGGAACACCUGAAUGAGAAAGGUGCUCACAUGCUAUUUACAUGGCUAAAUCAGUGCCAUUGGCAGGGCUGGCUGCUUUGCUUUAAAUGUUAGUGUCAGCUUCACAACUCUGCUUUGCUAUGUUUAUGAGAAGUGGAUGCACAUGUCCACUUAAGCUGUCAACCCAACUGGUCAGUGCAGAUAGCCCUCACUAUAAGGGGGGCUCUUAAAGCCUGAAAUAAGCCCAGCUUAUCAGUGGGAUGAGGAAACACUGUAUGACUAUGUAUUCCUGUUUCCACUGCAAAACUUUUUGACUUUAGUUUUAAAUGAUUGCUAUUUACAUUUAUAAUAUUUUCAAUAAUAAUAACUCUUGAAUUCCAGUCAACACUUAGCACCCAAAAAUGGUUGAGAGUGGUGUGUUGAUUUUUCUAGAUGUACUUCUAAGUGUAGAGCAACUUUUUGUUUCUAGGAACCAUAAAAUGUUCACGCGUUGGCACAUGGUGUAGCAUCGUGUUGAAUUCUGAUGCCAUUCUAUAUAUAUAUAUAAAUGUGUAUAUACAUGCCUAUAUGCUUCCAGCUACAACAGUAGAGAUGGUAUCAAAAGUACUACAAGGAGUAAAACCUAUUGAUAAGUUAUAGUCCUUAUAUUAGGGGUGACCGAGUAUACACUUAGUAUAGCGCUGCUUGGGUUUUGUGUGAGUGUGUGUGUGUGUGUGUAUGUGUGUGUGUGUGUGUUUAUGACUUUGUUUACUUCCCCAUUUUUUUCAUUUGCUAGAGAUGAAGGGGAGAACAAUCUACUUUCCGCACAGGCCAGUCUGUGGAUGUACAUUAUCUCAGAGAACAAAACACAUCAGGAAAACUCAGAAAGCCUUAAACUAUUUCAUAACUUACUUUGCACCAUUGUUUACAGGUUAACAUUUUUCUACAGAUGUAUAAGCCACAUGGCACAACACAACUAAAGAUAUACACAUAUGCAAGAUUGCACUUUUCGUAAUGGUGUUUGUUUAUAAAUGCUAUUUGCCUGCAAGUGUGAUAGGAUACACUGUUUAAAUGUGCUUCUAUAAAUGAACACUGUGGAACUGAACUGAGGUCUAUCACAAUAAACCAAUGCUUAUCCUUAAUAUGCACCUUUGUCCACCUUUGGCAAGGGCAAUGGAAAUUGAUUGUUGAGUUUAGAUUUUAUUUGUUUGGUUUUUAAAUGUAGCAGUCAGUACAUUUUUUUUCCUCCUCCAGAUAUUUUCAGGAAUUUGGCUUUAGGCAUUCUUUGGACAUACAUACACAAAGGGUCCAUGGGUUUGGCCUCCAUAGCAGGAUCUCAUUGAGAACUGAGGAAGCCUGUAGAGGGCAGUACAGGCAGUGUCUGCCAAAAGUCUUCCUCACUUGUGCUCCUGCACAGUAUAUGUCUUAUCUGAUACUGUAACAGCACGUUGUAUUCUAUCACUGUUUCUCCAGUUACAGCUGUAUCUGCUUGACUUGAAAGAGCAUUGCUGCUUGUCCAUGCAAUGAUGUGCAGCAGUCUGUAGACUGCUUUAUAUAACUGCUGGCAGUUAUUUAGAAUGAAAUGGCAAAUGCCCUUGUGGAAAUGAGCAACAAAACCAAACCAGACCUAUUUCCUUUGUAAUGUAUGUAUUGGAAUUAAUGCAAAAAUAUGUACUCCCAAAAUGAUUUUACGAAGGUCCUCAUGUGUACAUGAACAUCAAAAAAACCAUGCUUUGUCAUCCAUACACUUUGUUGAAUUUCAUUCCCCACUGCCCCUAUUUAUCCGCUUAGGUUUUGUAUCCGUAAAAGCUAUAUGUAUGUAUGGGAAGAUAUGUAAGGAAAGAGACUGUUGGCAUUGCAUCUAUUCAGGACCUUCAUGAUGUUUACAACAUAUUUUCUGUGACCAAGAUGAUUCUCAGUUGAAACCAAUGUGCAUCACAUAUUUCACUGAAUAUGAUAUAUCCAAAAUCUAAAUGGACCCUGCACCACCCUCUUUUCAGAAUUUCAACUGGAGCCAUAGAGUCUUUCUCCAUGCACUGGUCAUUUUCUUUCUGUUCUGUUUUUUUUGUUGUUGUUUGUUUGUACAGUGCUGUCCGUAACAUUGAAUUAUAGGCAUAGUUUAGUCCCUGCUAAGGGUGAUAUUAUGAGCAUAAAUGCAACGUUGACUAUAAUAAAAGAUUUUCAGUAGGUUGGAAUUUUGCUAGCAAUAAUUAAAGGUAGUGCCAUGUGAAUGACGUAGGAAUGGUAAAUGACCUGAUAGCAGCUGCUCUAGACUAGAGAGUUAAGACUUCCCCCUGCUAGUGAUCCAUCUGUGACAGAGUCUUAAUAAUCAACUCUGCCACAGCACACUUGCUGAACCCAAAUCAGAGGUUGUGAUGCAGAAUGAUAUGAUGUUGGGUGUUGAUGUUGUCCAGCCUACCCAUAUGCUUUACUUACCUUUACUCAACACUGUGGAACUCUUGCUUCCCCCAGAGUCUGAGUUAUCUAAGGAAAUGUUGGUCAUGGUCAAUAACUACGCUAUACUAUUAUAGUAUUAUGUUUUACAGAGGACUGUGGACCUAAAUGCUCAAUCUGCUCAGGUGUUUCAAACAAAAGCAAAGCGAUUAAAAAAAAAAAAGCAAAUUUUUCAUACAUGGGAAUUCGUCAUGCAGCACCUACGUAUAAGCAUUUUUUGUUUCUUUGUAUUCUUUUGGAUUUAUUUAUUAUAUCCUAUUAUUUGUGUGAUUUUAAAUAUUCUUUUUUUCAUAGCUUAUGUUGUGGUAUCAAACAUUACUAAUAUUUGUUUUGCCUCAAACAGAACUGCCAGUGCUUUUUAAAUAAUAAAUAAAAUAUUAAGAUUCAAUUAGAAAUGUCAA